AUGAUUGGCUCAUUUCCAGGUUUGUUGGAAAGGUGGUACAUCACCCGCCAUUACCUUGGAAUAUGCCCCAGUGUUGCCAUCUCUGCUCAGUACAUAGGAAAGGACGGCGAAAGGCUCGACAAAGCGACGUUGUUUUCUGCACUGAAGCAAGUCAUUCUCAGACACGGUGCUCUGAGCGUACGAAUAUCUGGAGAGACUUCAGAGAAGCCGCUCUAUAUACGCCUCAGCAACGUCAACCUCGAUGAUAUUGUCGAAUUUUCCGACGCUCAUGAUCUUUCUGAGGCUCUCGAUGUGCAGGUUCGUCGAGGGUUCGACACAACUACCGACUCCCCCCUCUGGCGCCUCCAGGUGUUUAGGGACGGCACAGUCAUCUUCGUCUUUCAUCAUGCGAUUUGCGAUGGACAGAGCGGCUUAGCGUUUCAUCGCGCACUGCUGAAAGCUCUUAACGACACUCAGGCUGACCAUCCCGCGGCUACCGAGCCAUCGGUAGUAUCUAUACCUGAUAAUACUACCCUAGUGGAACCCCUUGAACAUCUAACGGAUUUGUCCGUGUCGAUCCUCAGCUUCUGUUGCGCACUACUUCAACUCUUCGUACCCGAGUCGUGGACAGCGGACCGUUCCACUUGGACAGGUAAUCCUGUCCCCGCUGUCGAAAAACUGGACGCUCAGGUCAGACUGUUAUCUUACUCCCACGUCGACGCAGCGCGGGUAAUCGACAUUUGUCGUGCUAAUAAGUCGACCAUAACAUCAUACAUCCACACGCUAUCAACGCUGAUAAUUUCCCAUCUCCUAAAUGCUGGUCAAAUAAUUGAGGGUGCGACUGACAGCAUCUCCACUACUAUCCCGAUCUCGUCGCGGCAUUUGACCAACACGUCCGCAGACGAGAUGUGCGUUCAUAUUUCUGUCCUCCAUCAAUACGCUCCGCUCAUUCCGUCACUGAUUGCGGACAAGCCUGUCUCGCAGUGGAUGGCACAGUUCCCUUGGGAUACUGCAACGAACUUGACGACGAAUCUGCGACAGGAACGAAUGCAGGUGCCUAAGCGUGUAGGGUUUCUCAAAUAUCUGAACGACAUCGGUGCCUUCAUGCGGCGCCCUCUUGGAAAGAAGCGCAAGGACACGUUGGAGAUAUCCAACGUAGGGCGGCUUAUGUUAGACGAUGGGACCUCCGUUGAUGGGAUCCGUAAGCCACAUCCAUGGAGUAUUGAACACAUGUAUUUCAUACAGGCCCAUCCGGCAUCGACAGCAGCCGUACAUAUCAACAUGGUGGGAACUCCGAGUGGUGGGCUGGGAUUCACUAUCACAUGGGGGCAAGAUGCGAUAGAGGAUGCCUUUGGAGAUGCUUUUGUGGAUAUGCUGAAGGAAGCGAUGGAUGAGUUGUUGGAUAACUAA